CUGGGUGUUUAUAAGAGAUGAUUGGAGGCUCCGCAUUGAAUAACCAUAGGUAUAUGGAAUAACACUGCAAUAUGAAGAGCUUUUUCAUCAUUGUGGCAACGGUUUCGGCGAUAGCUAUUUCAGUUUGUCAAUCUCAGUCGGCAUGUUUAUCUGGGUACUUUGAGUGUGAACAAGCCAGGCCAGGGCAGAGUCCCUGCAUUCCUCCACAAAAAGUCUGCGAUGGAGUGAGUGACUGUGAAUUUGCCGAGGAUGAAGGGCAAGAUGGCUGUAUAAUUAGUGUGGUAUGUUCCAGAGGAGAAUUUCAGUGUGAUAAUGGAAUUUGCAUUCCACUCGCAUGGAAGUGUGACCAUAACAAUGACUGCGGUGAUGGCUCUGAUGAAGGCAAUUUCUGCGGUUAUCGCAUUUGCUACGCAUCUGAGUUUACUUGUGGUAAUGGACGUUGUAUAGAUCCAAACUUACGGUGCAAUGGAUAUGAUGAUUGCAGAGAUAAUUCAGAUGAAGUCAACUGUGAGCCAAGCACCUGUGCAUCAAGUGAUUAUGUUUGCUCAGAUGGAGCAUGUGUCUCUGAAGACAAACUUUGUAAUAUACUUUAUGAUUGUAGUGACAGAACAGAUGAAUACAAUUGUGGUGUUAAUGAGUGUUUACUAUCUAGUAACAUGUGUCAGCAAAUUUGUGUUAAUACGCCAAAUUCUUUCAAAUGUGAUUGCGCUAGCGGCUACAAACUAAAGUCAGAUGCUGUUAGUUGCGAAGAUAUAAAUGAAUGUUUGGAGGAACCGUGGGUGUGUAGUCAGACGUGUAUUAAUUUAGUUGGAUCACAUUCAUGUGGGUGUGUUGCUGGUUAUAAUUUAAUGACUGCUGGAAGCUGUAUACAUAUUGAUGAUACGGAGCCCUACCUAAUAUUUAGUAAUCGAUACUAUGUUCGCCAACUUGGCCUUGAUGGGGAUGACUACAAACUCCUGUCCGAUGAAUUCUAUCUUGUUGCCGCAACUGACUUUGAUAUAGUUCGUGGUGAGAUGUACAGUAUAGACUACAUAGCACAGCAAAUCAUACGUUCAAAGCUAGAUGGAUCUGCACGGCUGACAGUCGUCACACACGAUAUUCAGGAGGGGGAAGGCAUUGCUGUUGAUUGGGUUGGCAGGAAGCUGUAUUGGACUGACCGUGGCUUAGAUAUGAUAGAGGUUGCCAAUCUAGACGGGACAUCCAGAAAAACACUUAUACGAGAUAACCUGUUUGAUCCUAGAGCAAUAAUUGUUGAUCCAAGGGAUGGCUACCUGUACUGGUCUGAUUGGGGAUUAAGACCAUACAUCGGAAGAGCGGGUAUGGAUGGAUCAAAUCCAAUAGAGUUUCAUGACGAUCUGGUUGGCUGGCCAAAUGGGCUGACAAUCUGUUUUGCAACCAAUAAGCUCUACUGGGUUGAUGCUCACCUUGACCAUAUAGUCUAUUCAAAUUUGGAUGGAACUGGUAUUACACUACUUCUGGACGAGGGCGUGGGUCAUCCGUUUGCUGUCACUGUUUUUGAAGAUUACGUUUAUUGGACUGACUGGAAUGUUAAGACUAUUAACAGGGCAAACAAACUGAAUGGAAGACAUGCCGAAAUCCUAAAAACUACGAUUCACCGGCCAUUUGAUAUACAUGUAGUUCACCCUCUGCGACAAGAUACAACUAUCAAUAACCCAUGUGGUGCCAAUAACGGCGGGUGUAGUCACCUAUGUCUUCUUGUUCCAUCGACCAUCGAAGGACAUACAACCUUUUCGUGCGCAUGUCCAAAUAACUUUGAGUUGAGGCCUGAUAGAAAAACCUGUGAGGCACAGUGCACUAAUCAGCAGUUUAAAUGCACUGACAAUGACAAAUGUAUACCUUCAUACUGGAUGUGCGACGGUGAGCUUGACUGUCACGACGGCUCAGAUGAACCUGAUACAUGUGCCCAUAGGUCAUGCACUCCAGGUCAGUUUCAAUGUGAUAAUGGAGCAUGCAUUGUAGCCAACUUUUUAUGUGAUGAUGAAGAUGAUUGCGGUGAUCAUUCAGACGAGGAUCAUUGUGACACCAGUGAGUGUAAUCCUUGGGAAUUCCGCUGUAACAACGGACAAUGUAUCAACCAGCAAGAGGUCUGCCAGCAAAGAAAACAUUGUGCUGAUGGUUCUGAUGAACACGCGGUGACAUGCAAUAACAGAAACUGUUCUCUUGGGUACUUCCAAUGUGACAAUGGAUACUGCAUCCCAGAUUCCUGGUACUGCGAUCUUGACAAUGAUUGUGGUGAUAGCAGUGAUGAGCCUCAUCACAUAUGCCAGAGUGGGACUUGUCCUACUGGUUGGUUUUCAUGUGUCAAUAACUAUCGUUGUAUUCCUGAAUAUGCCGUGUGUGAUGGUAUUGACCAUUGCCGUAGUGGUGGUUCUGAUGAAUGGUUCUCCAUGUGCAGGGCUCGAACUUGCAGUCCAGAUGAGUUCCGUUGCAGUAAUAACAAAUGUAUUCCUUUACGAUGGCAGUGUGAUUAUGAUGAUGAUUGUGGUGAUAAUACAGAUGAAGUUAACUGCAACUAUAGAGCCUGCAGUGAAAGUGAGCAUGAAUGUUCGACUGGUUUUUGCAUUCCUUGGUAUCAAAUUUGUAAUUACGAAGAGGAUUGUGCAGAUGGAUCUGAUGAAGAAAAGUGCAGUGAAAGAGAUUGUGGGUUCAAUUUCCACCAAUGUGCGUCGGGACACUGCAUCCCAGAUGCAUAUGUUUGUGAUCGUUAUCCCGAUUGUUUCGGUGGCGAUGAUGAAGCAAGUUGCAAUAGCACACAAUGCAAUGAGGGUGAAUUUAGUUGUAGCAAUGAUGUCUGUGUUCCUGUAAGGUAUGUUUGUGAUGGAGAUAAUGACUGUGGUGAUAAUAGUGAUGAACAACAAAACUGUGCUGAAUGCCCUGCAGAUAAAUUUACAUGCUUAUCGACCGGUUCUUGCAUACAUAGUAUCUUGAAAUGCAAUGGUUUUGAGGAUUGCGACGAUGGUUCUGAUGAAACGGACACAUCUUGCAUUCCUCACCCAAAGGUUUGCGAACCAGACGAGUUUAAGUGCGAGAACUCUCGGUGUGUGCCAGUAAUUGAUGUUUGCAACACGUUUGAUAAUUGUGGUGAUAACUCAGAUGAACAUGGUUGCCACAAAAACACUGGUGGAGUAAAUGAAUGCGAGCCUGGUGGAAUUGCUAAUUGUGAAAGAGUUUGCACCGAUUUAGAAGAUGGAUUUGCAUGUUCGUGUGGAGAGGGAUACAGACUAAGUGAUGUGGAUAAGUUCAGCUGUAUAGAUUACAAUGAGUGUGAUGACAACCCAUGCCAUCAGGUGUGUGUGAAUACCAAAGGUAACUACAGCUGCCAAUGUGCUGUAGGCUACGUUGAUGCAAGCAGUGACGGCACAAAUUGUAAACCAGAAACUGGAGAUGAGUAUCUUAUAUUCACCGAUGGACCUUACAUUAAUCUCUAUCACUUCAACACUCGACAAAUUGAGGAAUUUUCUUCAGACCAAGGAAGAAUAGAAGAUUUGGAUUAUGAUGCAACAACUAGUGAGCUGUACUGGAUUAAUUCUCAAAGCUCUGAAAUCAUGCGAUCUAACUUAGCAGGUACCAAUCGGGGUCAGCUUCAAGAGAUCAGAGAUCAAUUGAUCCGGCCUAGAGGAAUAGCAUGCGAUUGGGUUGCUGGGAACAUCUACUGGACUGAUUGGGGAGAUUCGGAUAUUCUUGAAACUCGCAGAAGACGUGCUCUUAGUGCAAAACCAAGUAUAUCUGUUGCCGACAAAGAUGGAAACUAUUCUAGAAUCUUAUUGGAUACCGACCUCGACAAGCCAUUCUCUAUUGUGGUUAAUCCUGCAAAAGGCCUCAUUUAUUGGGUGGAACAAGGAGAAUUCCCUAAAAUUGAGGUAGCAUGGAUGAAUGGAGAGAACCGAGAAGAACUUGUAACUCGUGACCUAAUUGAGCCUACUGGUUUAACUAUUGACUUCGCUAACUACCAGACUGUGUAUUUUGCUGACCGGAAGGAGAACUUGAUUUUCUCAAUGAAUUUCGAUGGCAGUAAUGCCAGAGCCAUCAAGGGUGGAGAUUUAUUAAACCCUUAUCAAAUGGAUGUCUUUGGAAUUUAUUUCUAUUGGUCAACUAGUAGUUUUAAAGAAGCAGGUCAAAUCUUAAAUUCAGAUAAGCUUCGCAGUGACAUAAGUAUGACAGUACCUAGUAUUGGUCGACAUGCUGCACUCAAAAUAUACCAUAAAGAAAGAUAUCCUUCAUUUUCAAAUCCAUGUGCAAAUCACCCAUGUAGUCACCUUUGCCUGAUAGUGCCUGAAGGAAAUGGUGCAGAGGACAUGGAUUAUCAGUGUGCUUGUCCAGAUGGCUUUGGAUUUAUUGAUGAAAAUACUUGUGUUAAAGGAGUUGAUGAAUGCAAUUCCAACCCUUGCCGAAAUGGUGGUACAUGCUCAAGAACAGUAUCUGGAUACAAAUGCUCAUGUUUAGACAAUUAUGAUGGUGUCAACUGCGAAGAUGUAAUUAUUAUUACAUGUAAUUGCGGUUAUGGUGAAUGUAUUGAAAACAAUAUGUGCUUGUGCAAUGAUGGUACUAUAAGGGAUAUCUGUGAUGAAGAAAAUGAGGUUGGUAAAAACACAGAUGAUGAAAAAGUCUCCCAUCAACUAGUCCCCAUUCUGUCUGGGCUCUUAGCAUUGGCUAUCAUUGUGAUUGUCUGCAUAGUUUUGUUUAUCCUUCUCAGAAGGAAAAGACUGAUGAGUUCAAGUAAUACUGUAGUAUCCUAUAGGACAGGGCCAAAUGUUUCUGCUGUAUCAACUGGUAUCGGCGGCGAUGAUAUGGGUGUUGAAAAUCCAACGUACACAACCAUUGGAGCCAUCGGUGGUGGCCUUAACGAGAAGGUACCAAUUGACGAAAAGUAUCCCCAUCUACCACCGGAUCUUCUACAUAUGGCAUAUGGUAACACCCAUCCAGUCGCGGUCGGCCUCUCUGUUGAACCUCCUCCUGCAUAUACUGCUGUUGAUGAUGAUGUCAAGAAAUAGGGCUGUACAACUGUGUUACCUACAAAAUACGAGAUGGUGGUGGUGUGUGUUUGCAAGCAUUUUUGUGUCUGGCCUGAAUGCUGUGUUUAGAAUUUGUGUCUAUACAUAAUGAAAAAUAUUUUGAUAAAUUUAUAUAAAUCUAUAGAUUAAUAAUUAAUGCAAUAAUGAUCUUAAAAUACAUUAUAAAAAUAUGUAGAUUAUUACAAAUAUAUUUUACAAUGGGUAUCACAUGGAUGACACCCUCUUAUAUUAAAUGAAAUAUAAUAUAAUGAGGAAGAAUAAUUCUUCUUUUUCUUAAAUCAGAUAAAAAAAACACCUUGAUAUAUAUCCAACUAUUUUUGUAAAGAUAUCAAUUUAGUUAAACUAAAUAAUGAACAAACUGAAAAUGUAGAUUUUUUGAGACAAAC